UAAAUUUUGCCAUUAUCUCAAUAUUUCAUUUUCGAUACGUUCUCGUCAAUACCAGUUCAUUUUCCAAACUAUGUGAAUUUUCUCAAUGAAAACCAUUGUUGAUUAAAAGAUGUCGGCUGAGUACAGACAUCUGAUCAACUUCAUUCCUGCUGCUUCCACACCAGAGCCAGUCCGUGAGCCUUCUACAUCGGGACAAGGUGAAAAACAACUAGAUGGGGAAGAAAUCAGAGCAUUCUAUGAAGAUGUUGUAAAAUCUGACUUUCAUUGUGAACCAGUAAAGGAAAAAGAAAGGCCUUUACAAAAUGGGACUGCUCAAAAUCACAGGAGUGAAAACAAAACGAAAAAACACAGAAGGGAAGCACAGGAAACAAGGACAGUUGUGAAGGAAGAAGCAGAAUACGUUGAAUUAGGCAUACAUCAACGACAUGCUUCAAAAUUAAAGAAAGAAUCACUGAAGAAGUUUCCUGAGCCUUUAGAAGACUGUGGUAAAGAUUUGCAUAAAAUACAUCACAAGUUACUCACUCUUUCACAGAAUGGUGACAUUUCUGCAUUGGAAAAACUUCUUGGAGAUGGUCAUGUGGAUGUUAAUUUUCAAGACCAAUAUGGCUGGACUGCUGUUAUGUGUGCUGGGGUGGCCGGCCAUUUUAAGGCUGUACAGUUUCUUCUUUCUGUCGGUGCAAGCAGAUAUGUGAUAAACUCUCAGAAUAAAACAGUAGAUGAUCUCUGUCCAAACUUAUUAAGGGAACUUGAAAAAUUGGAAAGGGAAAAACCAAAGAAAAGUAAAAAAAGAAGAUCAUCAUUUUUCUGUGAUAUUUGUGGUUGUGAAUUUAGUGAUUCAACUCCAGUGGAACACAACAGUUCAACACUUCAUUUGUUUAAUAUAGGUCGAAAACCCAAAACUGACCAUUUUAUGUUACAAAAGAACAACAUUGGCUUCCAGCUGAUGGAAAAAUCUGGCUGGGAUGGUCAAAGUGGACUGGGGUCGAAAGGUCAAGGCCAGAAAUAUCCAGUAAAAACUUCACUGAAACGUGAUCGAAAAUGUCUUGGUGGGGAUGAUAAAAAAAGUAAAACGAAAGUAACGCAUUUUGGUCCAAAUGACGCCAGUGCUGUUAAGUCACUGAAAAGGCCACAAGAACGUGUAAUGUCUGCAGCGACUGUGAGUAAAAGAGAAAGAAAAAGGAAAAUAAAGAAAGACAAGAACUGGGAAAGAGAUUUGAGAACAUAUAUGAACAUGCCAGACUAAAUGGAUAUAAGAAUUGUAUAGAUUUCAUACUUGCUUUCAAAGAUUUUUUAAUUGAAAUCAUAAUUAUCUUUCAUUUAUUGUAUUUAUAAUUAUUUAUACCUCUGAUUUUAAAUUUAUGUAAAAAUCUUAUUGUUUUGUUAAAAUUUGUUUGAUUUUUGUAUUUAAGGAAUACUUUUUACUUUAAUUACAUGUGACUUUUAAAAAUAACCCUAACAUUAUUAUUGUAAAUGUGGUAUUGUCACAGGAACAUGUAUACAUUGUAUAUACACAUGUUCCUGUGACACAUUUAACAUUGAACACAUUUAACAAAAUGUAUACAUGUAUUAUGAAAUUGUUAGGCCUACUGUAGUAUGAUGUGUCAGAUAAUAUAAUUUUACAAAAAAAUAUUUUCAACAUUAUGUUUAUAAAAUGAAAAGCAAAACAUAUUCAUGUAUGUGUAAUUUGAACAGAAAAUCUCUCCUCAAAAAGUAUUUUGUGAAGAAAAAAGUGUAUAUGCAGCUUAACUUGGAUUAUUAUUCAAUUACAAUAAUUAUAUUAAAAAAUAAUUCUGACUUAUAAAUUAUUAAAUAUUUUUUUUUAAUAUUAAAUAAAAUAUUACAGUAUGAUUAUAUGUAUUAUAUUGAUGAAAAGUUAACAAUUACAAUGACAAUAAAUUAAGUGGAACAUCAUUGCUUUCAGUAUUUUUUUAUGUGUUUUUUUUUACCGCCAGGACCCAUAUGCAUCAACAUCUUAACUCCGAGUUUUAGACCCAUUGAAGUCUCAAUACUGCAAAUAUUAUUUUCAUGGGAAAAUUUCUAUUUGAAAGGCUUAAUUGGAGGUAAUUGUUGCAUACACAAUCAUGUAUGUAUAAAAUAACUUUUUUUAUAAAGAUUUACAAUUAUUAUUUUGUCAAAAUUAGUUAUUUAAAGACACUUUGUAGCAUUUUAUUAUUUUAUUGGUUAAGACAUUAAUGUACAUGGUUCAUGAUGCCUGAUACAUACCUGUAAAAUUAUUUGAUGAA